AGGAACUUUCCGUAUAGGGUAUAAAAUCCUGGCAUUUCAUUUUGCAACAGCCUCAAAUCAUUUUUGUUGAGGAAGUUCACCGAUCCAAGACAAGCAAACAUAUAUACUUUGUGACUCUGAUUUGAUUGAAUGGCAGAGCAACCUAACCCCAAGAACAUCACCGUCAACUUAGAUACAUAGAUCUAAUUAUUUGCCAGCGGCAACCCUAACCCUAACUCUUCGUCGUUUUGGGGAUAAUUGGAUUGAAUUGAAUUGGUAUCCGUGAAAGACGAAGAAGAAGAACACCUAAACGAAGAAGAGGAGGCUUUUGAUCACCGUAAUUUGAACGAUGUCUGCUGCGGUGUGCGGAAGCAAGAGAUCUUUCUUCGAAGAGCUUCCUCCUUCUUCGCCACCAACAUCUGUCUCCAAGAGGCUGCGCUGCUCCUCUUCUUCCCCAAUUCGUCUCUCCCUUCCCACUCUCAUCGAUCACCUUCGCCAUCAUUUCCCUCAUAUGGAUGACCAGGUUCUCGAGAGAGCGCUCCAAGAAUGCGGAAAUGAUCUAGAUGCUGCCAUCAAGAGGUUGCAUGGCCUUUGUUUGGGAUCUGCAGAUGAAAGUUCUGCUACCCUUGAGCAACCAGAUGCUGCCGUGGAGACAGGUGUAUUGGAAGAUAAUAUUAAUGGGGAUGCUUCUGCUUCUGCUUCUGGGAACCAGUCAGCUACAAGCAACUUUCCUUCUGAUGGAGCAGAGUGGAUUGACCUGUUUGUUAGAGAAAUGACGUGUGCUACCAGCAUCGAUGAUGCCAGAGCCCGUGCUGCUAGACUUCUGGAGGUUCUAGAGAAAUCAAUCAGUGCCCUUGCAAGUUCCGAGGAAACAAUUGCACUUCGCAAGGAGAACCUGAUGCUGAAGGAGCAAAUUGAAGCCUUGACUAAGGAGAGAAAUUGUUUUAAAAGUGCCUUCAGAAUCCAGCAUGAAAGGCUGUCCGACUAUGAGGUCAAAAGCCAAGAGUUGCAACAGUUGAAGCAAUUGGUGUCUCAAUACCAGGAACAGAUCAGAACUCUCGAGGUGAAUAACUAUGCCUUGCGAAUGCAUUUGAAUCAGGCUCAACAGUACAACCCCUUUCCUGGGCGUUUCCCUCCUGAUGCCUUUUAAUGCAUAGAAGAAUAGUAUAAUUGCAGCCGCACAAAGGGAGCUGCAUCUGCUUAAUUAAAAUUAUGUUGGGUGAUUUGUACCAAAAAAUAGUAUGUCGUUAUUGUUACGGUGUGCCUAGCUCCUGUAGGUCAAGGAAUUGUAGCUGAUCCUAGUUCAGGGGUGAUUUCUAUCAUAUCAAUCUGUUAUAGAAUAUUUGAAAUUACAACUCUACAAGUAAGAUAAAUCGUUCAGUUAAUUCAAUUAUUUAUUAUUGCCCACGGUGGUAUGACUAUCGUAUUUUUGGCAUCAAGUGUACUACCAAGAAUGUUCAAGACCUGAUUGCUUAUAAUUAUGUUUUGUUGCUCUUA